AUGAUGAGGAAAAGCGAUGAGGAAAGCACAGAGUCCCCAAAACCGAGACGAAGCUCUCGACGUUCGAUCCCAAAACUCGGAAUGUUGCUGUGUGCGGUGGAGAGUUGUGAAAGCACUGGAGAGACUCUGGAUGGGAAUGGAGUUGCCUUAGAAUUCUUCACUCUGCCCGACAAAAACAAAGUUAAAUUGAGAAGCUUAUGGAAGAAAGCUGUUCCGGGAAUUGUCGGUGACGGGAUGCCAAGUCAGCAAAAGGUUUGUGCUCGUCAUUUCCUCGAUGGAAAACCCAGUGAAGAGUUCCCGUUUCCAACGCUACACCUUGGAAAUAAGCAAAAGAGCUAUCUUCCAAUUAAAGCUCAAUCUGAACAAAAGAAAGUUAUUCAAAGAGUGUUCAUCAAGGAAAACCCCAGCAUGAUCCCAGUGAUCACUCAACAGGAAGUUAUGCCAUCUACUUCAAAACUUGAUGAUCCACGUAUUGAAGAAUCCACUAUAAAGUCAGUGACGAUAAGAAUCCCCUCUUCGUCAAGAACUCUAACAGCAAGCAUCUUCAAAAGCUUGGAAAAAACUAAAACGGACCCAAUUCCAGUCACAAAUGAUGAAUCUUCAAGACCUAGACGCAAGCGAGAACAUCCAGCUGCGUUUGAUGAUUACUUGAUGUCUGAAGAUUUGGUCGAUCAAGAAGAUAUCAAGCCCGAAGAAUGCGGAGGAAAGCUGAAGUCUAGCAUCAACUCUUUCAGUGGAAAUGUGUUUCCAUCAUCAUCGAUUGAUAGUGAUUUCGAAGAUCCUGGUGAAGAAGAAGAAGAAGAAAGUGAUGAAUGGAAUGGCGAUUAUCUUCGGAAGCAUGCAAAGAACAGAUCUUUUAAUGGAAACCAUGCCAGGACUUUCGUGAAUUCGCAAGGAGUGAGGACAUUGAAGAAAUUUAAUUGCGAGACUCAUUCUGGUUGUGAGAGCAGCGACUCUUCUUUAACGGAAAGAAAGGAACGAUCCUGCAAUUGUGCACGUGUGCUGCCGACUUAUGAAAAAUUGAUUGAAGAGACGAUGGAGCAAAUAGAAGCACUGGUGACAGUAAUCAAUGGAUUGUGUUCAACAACUGAAAGCAUGCCCGGUGAUGAAUUUGAGGAUGAUGAGUAUACUUUGACGGAUGAUUGUGAAGAAUUUGAAGAAUUUUACGAUGAAGAUGAGGAUGAACCAGGAUCAUCCGAGAAUUAUCAAUUGGAACGUACGAUCAAGGCCGAGUACGACGAAUCC